CCGUCAGAGUGUGAGGCAGACGGGCUCCCUGGUGGUUACGGGUCCAGGGACUCCAUCCUCAAGCCUGGUGUGAAGAAGGACUGGAAAAGACGCAGGCGUGGCCAUCUGAAGCGGAUUGACAGCUGCAGCAGCUGGGAUCCAGGCCACGCUGAGGCUGGCGGAGGGAAGCAGCAGUCUACGUUUGGACUGGGCGGAGGCGCAGGCAUGCGGUGCUCCACCGUGCUCGCAAUCUUGACGGGGGUGCUUCUGUACUUGGUGCUGGGUGCCGUGGUGUUCCGGGCCCUGGAGACCCCGCGAGAGGAGAACAGGCACAUGAUGCUGCAGAUCACGCGGCAGGACUUCCUGUUGAACUUCACAUGUGUCGAUGAAAACAACCUCCAGGCCUUUCUAGAGGAAGUGGUGGAGGCCAUCGGCGCAGGUGUUGAUGCCACCAGCAACACCAGCUUUGUCAGCCAAUGGGAUCUGGCCAGUGCCUUUUUUUUCUCAGGGACCAUCAUCACAACCAUCGGUUUUGGAAACAUCUCGCCAAAGACAUACGGAGGGCAGCUGUUCUGCAUUUUCUACGCCCUGGUGGGAAUCCCACUGUUUGGUAUCCUACUCGCUGGGGUUGGAGACCAUCUGGGUACUUGGCUGAGGAAAGCUGUUGCCAAAAUAGAGACUCUCUUCCUGAAAUGGCGUGUGAGUCCCACUAUUGUGCGAGUGAUCUCAGCCGUCCUAUCCAUCCUGCUGGGUUGCGUGCUCUUUGUUGCAGUACCUAUCCUGGUCUUCCAAAAGGUGGAGGGCUGGAGUCUUUUGGAGUCGGCCUAUUUUGUAGUUAUCACCCUGACAACAGUGGGCUUUGGAGACUAUGUUGCAGGGGAUUCUGGGAUUGCAGGGAGCGACCACUGGUACAAGCCUCUGGUGUGGUUCUGGAUCUUGCUGGGUCUCGCCUACUUUGCGUCUAUCCUGACGAUGAUUGGAAACUGGCUCCGGGUGCUUUCUAAGAAGACCAGAGCUGAGAUGGAAGAACUUCGAGCCCACGCCACGGACUGGACUCAGAACAUCCAGAAUAUGUCGGUUGAUUUUCGAAUCCCAGGUAAAAUUGACGACCCUUUCAAGCGGCGCCGGAGAAAGCGCCGCCAUGGUAAGAGUACGUCGGGUACAGGGCCCUCUGAGGGGAAAGAAGGGCACCCUGAGAACCAGACCGAUUCUGGAUCGUACUCCUCCUCCUCCUUCUCGUCCAAUGAGUCCGGGUCUGGAUCCGAAACAGACUCUCAGGUCACGCAGACGGAGCGAGUGCCUGAAGAAAAAACUGAGAAGGAGGAGCCCCACCUGUCUCAGCCUCUGGACUACUUCGGAGAGAACCUGGCCUUCAUUGAUGAAUCCUCAGAUACUCAGAGUGCUAAACUUCAUCUGGAUCCUCUGAUGGACCCAACACAACCCAACCCUGCUCGCUCUCGUCAGCCGAAGAGGAGACGCCACAGAAGGCCUGUUCAACAGAGAAGCCCUGAGGUCAAAGGCUCCAACUCUGACAGGAGGGAGCCCAAUGGAAACCCCAAACCAGUUCCAGAUCUACCACUGAACCUCCGGAUCUAGACCUAGUACAGAAACUCCAGCUUGAUAUAUGAGAUGUGGGGAGAAUCUGAGCAAUGUAUCUGUGUAUAUGUGCUGCUUACUUACAGACACUUGAUGAAAACAUAUUGCAGAAGAAGCCUUAGCCACUUGUGGCUUGCAUUUAAUGGCCUUAGCAUGCGAGUGUGUUUGCCUUAAUCAAAGAUGAUGAAGUGACUGUUAUGCCAAUGAUCCCUUUACUUUAUGAAGAGCUGCUGCCCUCUAAUGGGCCAAGACAGAAGUGCAUCUCAACGUCAGGGCUCCCGUUGUGUUUUACUAAUCCACACCAGUGCAAACAAUUUGAGAGCAGCCUAAAGAGGAGGUUGCUUACACUCUUCAAUCCUGCCAAGUAUGAUUAAACAGGUACUUGACAGGCUCUUGUACAUUUGAGGUAUGUAACAAACUUUUCUAAAUGCUGUGUGAAUACUGUCUAAACGACCAUAACAUUUGCAUUUGAUGGUUAAAUGCAUUAACCCGACUGUACUGCAUACAUGUAAUAAAUAUUUUUUAAAUUAAAGCAGCACUGUGUCUUACAAGCAUGUUUGUUAUACUGUCGUAAGUACAUGUUUUCUAAAGAUGCUGUUCAAGUCCUUACGGCUAAAAUAGGGUAGAGCUUCCUCUAACCAGAAGGUUGGCGGUUUGAUCCCAGGCUUCCCCAUCUAUAUGCCAAAGUGUCCU